UAGGUUUCAGUUAGCACAGUGAGCAGUUAAUUUAUUUCUUUUUUUUUUAUUUCAUUAAUAUUAUUUCUUGAUUCAUCAUUGAUCAUCUUCACAACCUUUUCUUCGGGAAGAGUGCAUCCUCUUGUACCUUGACAUCUGAAGACGGCAUCUCCAAACUAACAUGGCAGUCAGACUGUGUGAUGUGGCUUCUCUGCUUAGAAGUGGUUCGUGGGCAGCAGAGCCUUGGACUGGGCAGGUAAUUGCUGCCAUGGAAACACAGUUGUCCAAUGGGCCCACUUGCAACAGCACAGCCAAUUGUCCCAACAAUAUAAACAACUGCUCAUCACCAGUUGAUUCUGGCAACACAGAGGACAGCAAGACCAAUUUAAUAGUCAACUACCUUCCUCAGAAUAUGACACAGGAAGAACUAAAGAGUUUGUUUGGAAGCAUCGGUGAGAUAGAGUCCUGUAAACUAGUAAGGGACAAAAUUACAGGACAAAGCUUGGGUUAUGGUUUCGUCAACUACAUUGACCCCAAGGAUGCGGAAAAGGCCAUAAAUACCCUAAAUGGAUUGAGACUUCAGACCAAAACAAUUAAAGUAUCCUAUGCUCGUCCAAGCUCAGCUUCCAUUAGGGAUGCAAAUUUAUAUGUUUCAGGACUUCCAAAAACAAUGACCCAGAAGGAGCUGGAACAGUUAUUCUCCCAGUAUGGGAGAAUUAUUACGUCGCGUAUCCUUGUUGACCAAGUUACAGGUGUAUCGAGAGGAGUUGGCUUCAUUCGUUUUGACAAAAGGAUUGAGGCAGAGGAAGCAAUCAAAGGCCUCAAUGGGCAAAAGCCUCCAGGAGCAACAGAGCCCAUCACUGUUAAGUUUGCAAACAACCCAAGCCAAAAAGUGAAUCACACCAUUCUUUCCCAGUUAUACCAGUCCCCAAACAGGAGAUACCCUGGACCACUUGCUCAGCAGGCUCAACGUUUUAGGUUGGACAAUCUGCUCAAUAUGGCUUAUGGAGGAAUAAAGAGUAGAUUCUCUCCUAUGACUAUUGACGGCAUGACGAGUUUGGCUGGGAUUAACUUCCCUGGGCAUGCAGGCACGGGAUGGUGCAUAUUUGUUUACAACCUAGCGCCCGACGCAGAUGAGAGCAUCCUGUGGCAGAUGUUUGGUCCGUUUGGAGCUGUCACCAACGUGAAGGUCAUCCGUGACUUCAACACCAACAAGUGCAAAGGAUUCGGCUUUGUGACUAUGACAAACUACGAUGAGGCUGCAAUGGCUAUCGCCAGCCUCAACGGGUAUCGCUUGGGGGACCGGGUUUUGCAGGUGUCUUUCAAAACGAGCAAAACGCACAAAGCUUAAAGUAACACUCAUUCCCAGUAACACACACAAGCGGCAAAGGCAAGUUGAGAAACUUUAUAUCUUGGGAACUGUCUUUUGUCCGUUUUGAAGUGAAGUGUGUGUUAGGGUGAGGUAAUAGGUAAAGUAACAAAAUGGUUUGGCAUCCUUAGAACAAGUGACGUUUUGUUGUUGCUGGUCUGAAUUUCUUAUUUUAUGUUUGCGUAUGGACUCUAGGCAACAGGUUUGUUACCUGUCUCAAUGCAUUGUAAUGC